AGUCAACAACGAACGCUUCAACGGGAUGGUUUACUUGAAUAUUUCUUUCGUGCUCGUGCGAUACAACAUUUGAAUUCGGCGAUUGUUUUUCUGGUCAGUGAAUCAGUUGACUUUUGACAUUGAAGUUGAACAUUUUGUGUACGAAAACAGAAUCUUUGCCUGGCAUAUGCCACGUUUAAAUUGUUCCAAACGAUAACGAUAUCUUCUUGGCACAUUCAUAUUUUCAGUUAGCCAAAAAAACCGGCGAAACAUCUCCUUUCUUUCAUUCUCUGCCCCCCUCGAAAAAAUAAUAAAAAGUGUUGAAUGACUAUGAAAACAUGAACUCAAUUUGAGAUCAAGAUAGUGUGCAAUUUGAUAUUUUGCUGAAUAGACAAUUUCAAUUCAUAACGAUUGAAUUACUUCCUUUUGAAGCGGACCUUUCUAAUGACGCAACCAUCAAGAAAUUGGAGCUAAAUUCCUUCCAAAGUAAGAUGAAAAGAGUGUUGAACUGAAAAGCUGUGUGCGGAGAGAGAAAGAGAGAGAGAGAGAGAGAGAGAGAGAGAGAAAGAACGCCAGAAGAUUUGAGUUGGAAGGAUCGCAGCAGUUGGACCGACAUGUUCAGAUCAAAUCUCCAAAAGCCCUGUGUGAAUUAUAUUUAAGUGAAGUUAAUUUCAAAUGAACUUUUUCCUAUCACUCUAAUGAACAAUAAAAAGAACAGAUCGUAAAAAUCUACUGCAGUCCAUAAAAUUUAAAGGACCUCCCCGAAAAAAGCAUCCUCAAAAUUGGGAAGAAAAAAAUGGUGAACGAAAACAAUGUGUUCGUGAGCUUGACGCACACAGAUGAAAAUCACAAUAAAUAAACGAAUGAAAAAAUCGGUCGGAAAUUGUAUCUGCGAUCUGUGAUUUAGAGUGACAAUGGACCAUUUGCGCGAGAAAUAAAAAAACGCACACACACACAAAUAAAGAUAGAAUUUUCGUCCAUUGAAGUUGUUUUACCUAGCCCAUACAACGAACAUAAAUUUUUUUCCUUCUCCCGGUAGCUUAUCACAAGUGCAGCCAUUAUACCGAUGGCCCUAUUCAUCUACCGUUGAAACUUUUAGGAGUACCGUCGGAAGUACGCUCAUAAAUUGUCUCCAUCCUAAUAAAUUGAAGUUUGUGAAUGCGUUAGUACACACCAAACAGUGAUUUGAGUGAAGCAUACGGAAAAAACAGUAAAAACUGGAAAAAGAAUAGAGAAAAAAAGCGGAAUCAAGAUUAAAAGUUUUUUUUUAAAUUAUACUCGAGAGAGUGUGCAAACGGCACAAUUAAUUAUGCCAAAAUGACUCAUAACAUCUCGAAUAAUUCCAUGUGUAACACGAGUGGGUCAGCAAUUGGCAACGCCAAUUUAUCAGCAUGCCCAUUUUACGCGAACGAAACCGAAUGGCCACUCGAGCGUAUCGUUUCGACGGUGGUGCCGGUGUUCUUUGGAUUGGUGUGUCUCAUUGGACUAAUGGGCAAUGCUUUAGUUAUUAUUGUCGUAACGGCCAACCAGCAGAUGCGCUCAACAACAAAUUUACUGAUCAUUAAUUUGGCAGCUGCUGACAUUCUAUUUGUGAUAUUUUGUGUACCUUGGACCGCAACCGAUUAUAUAUUCACGGAAUGGCCAUUUGGCGAUCUAUGGUGCAAAUACGUACAAUAUAUGAUAGUGGUGACAUGCCAUGCGAGUGUGUAUACAUUGGUUUUAAUGUCAUUCGAUCGAUUUUUAGCUGUGGUGCAUCCGGUUACCAGUAUGUCGUUGCGAACAGAACGAAAUGCAAUGCUAGCAAUUGUCACCGCCUGGGUUGUCAUCGUAACUUCGGCAAUACCGGCUGCAUUGUCCCAUGGUGUUGUUGUGUAUCCGUAUGGUGGCAGAAACUAUACGGCAUGCUUGUUUCUCAGUGAAGAAGGCUACAACCUAGUAGCGUUUCAGGUUUCAUUCUUCUUGUCAUCGUAUGUUCUACCACUAUUUCUAAUUUCAUUACUGUACGUGGGCAUGUUGUUGCGACUGUGGAAAAAUGCACCCGGUUGUAAUCCAUCCGCUGAAUCGAGAAAGGGAAAGCGGCGAGUAACACGAAUGGUAGUGGUUGUUGUAUUGGUGUUUGCCAUUUGCUGGCUUCCAAUCCAGAUAAUAUUGGUGCUGAAGUCGCUGAAACUGUACGGUAACUCCCACAUCACGGUUAUUAUACAAAUCAUAUCGCAUGUGCUGGCCUACACAAACUCUUGUGUCAACCCCGUGUUGUACGCCUUUUUGUCCGACAAUUUCCGCAAAGCAUUCCGAAAAAUAAAAUGUGUUUGUUGUGCCAAGGAUGUGUCCAGCGAAGCAUAUGAACCGAUGAGUCUUGAAACGACACUGUGAAAACCACGCACUGAUUGUCUGAAUCUCACUCUCUCUGACCAUAAAUCAGAGCAGAAACACUAACCGUGUCACAUCAAAUCGUCGGGGCAUCGAGCAAAAAAAAAAUGAAAUAAAUGCGAGACAUGGCUAUCGUUUGCUCAACACAAAAUCGAUUUUAUGCAGUAACCAUGCACACAAAUGUGUGCAAAACUUCAAGGAAGUGUUCAACAGUAGAAAUAAAUCAUUGAAAUUUGUGUAAAGAAUUUUUUUUUUUAAAUUUAGUACGUGUGGUAUUACCUCUUGGAUUUCAUCACACAUGUGAAUAAAAAAUGUAGAGCAAAAACAAGAAGUACAAAAUUUGGAACAAAAAAACGAUUUUCUUUCAAAAUUAAAUAGAGAAAUAUUGUAACGCUGCACAUGAGUUGCGCUUUUGUUGUGGUCGUCCGCUAAAUAAUCCAAAUCGCUUGAAUCUCCGUCACACAUAACCAUUCUGUGUUGAAGAUAGAAGAUAAAGUUUGCUAUUUAAUAAUAAAUGUCUUGUACCAUGUUUUAUUGUAUGUAUUGUGUGUCAAUGUUAUUUUUUGUUCAUUCUCACACAUUUUAUGCGAUUGUCAUUCGUAUCGUUGUUGUAAUUUGUUCCGAUUUACUGGCAAACAUAAUCAAAUACAUUUGUGCAAUUGCCUUUUCGUGUUUCAUGUUCAUGUACUGCUUCUUUUUCUAUAUCCGUUCUGUAGUGCUUACGAUAAACAAACAUAAAUGUCAUUCAUUUUGAUAUCUCACACCGUUAACAUGAAUAACAAUGUGUUCUCAUUAUUAUCUCGUUGUGGAUGUGUACAUGUGACAUAACCAUUCACAUCAGUAUGUAUACCAAAGCCUAAUGAGGAAAUCCAACACUGUAACACUGUGCAAAAUUGGGAUUUUAGUUUGAAUUAUAAAUCAAAGGCAUCAAUUUGGAUUAGAAUAGAUUUCUGAUUUUAGAAUUGGACGGAAUUGAGACUCUAACUUCGAGUUUCAUAGUUUUUCUUUUAUUUCAAAGUAAAUCUCUUCCUAAUUCGACAUGCAUUAUUGAAUUUCGAUGAUUAAUUACAUUUGCAUAUCAAGUUAUGAACCAAGAACUGUUGACUUUUGGUUCGAACGCUAUUAGCAUUUGUAUUAAAACUCACUAAUUUCUUGGUUGAUAAUUUGAUAUUUUCUCAUCGCAUCAUUAGUUUACAUGAAACAAAAGCUCAUUUUAUCUAAUGGGAGCUCAUACAAAUGAAGUCAAAGUGUAUUGAAUCAGAAAAUGAGAUUACUUACCCAUAAUUAGAAACAAGCCAGGAAUAAAAAUCGUUAAUUAAGCUUGAAAAACAAACAAAGAAAUUCUAUUUUUGUGGUGUAUUUGUAUAUAUAUUUUUCCAUUGCAUUAAAAUGUACCAUUAAAAGCACUUUAAAAA